AUGUCAGUUCAGCUUAGCUUGUCUCUUGACAAGAACAAGGUCUAUCGCCAGAAUGAUGUCGUACCUCUCUUAAUGGAGCUAGAAGUUAGGGAAAAGCUUUUGUUACGCCACUUGUAUCUCGUCUUUGAAGGUAUCUGUACUGUCACGGCCCCAUCAGACGACAAGCUGAUUAUGCCUCGGAAAGAAAUCAAAACAUUCAACAAAAUCACUUCCUUGAGAGAAUACGAAAAGAGUUUCGUUCUUCGUCGCCAGGCAAUCAUAGGGAGAAGUAAAACUUUCAGGCCCGGAAACUACUCCAUCGAAUACAACUUUCGACUCCCAGCUGCCGAAACUUACUGCAAAAGGCAAGAUAUUCUUCCAAGAAGCACCUGUCAUGUAAAGGAGAGGGACUCGGGUUAUCUCUUGCCUCCAACAUUUCGCUAUGUUGGAGAAGAUGGCGAGCGUAUUGACAUCACUUACAAGCUUACUCCAAUUAUUUCUAGUGUCCAUGGAAAUAUUGAAGGUGAACUGAACAUUACCAGCAUAACAAAGAAGCCUGAUAGUAUCUUGGUGACCGUUCAAGAAUUGAGGAUAUCGUUGCUCAGAGUGCUUCGAUUUACUACGAAAACUCGCAUGAUAUGUGAAGGUAGUAUCGAGACAAUGCAAACCAACAACAAGGAGUUUUGUGUCUCUAAGACAGUGAAGGACUUGACCAGUAUUACCGAUGGAAGAAGUUUGCUUUUACAAGGGAAACGUAUUGGGAAUGGUAACACAUCGUCUGGUGAGAUCAAGUACGUAGCGGAACUUCCCUCGGAUUGGCUCUACGGCGUCAUUCCUGAGGUGGAGCCUGCCUUUUGCACCUCCGAGGUAUCGUUGGAGUACUACUUGGUGACUGAUCUCAGGUCGAAUUCUACCCCGCUGAUCACCACACCCAAGAGGCACCAGCUGCCGCGGCAGGCUCGACUGGAACACAAGGAAACUUGCACGAACCCCCAGGACUGCAGCUUUGCUCUUCCAGAUAGCCUGAACGAAGAGGAUCCUUCCGAGGGAACCCUUCCCCUUAUCCACAAAUGGACUCAUACGCAUUCUAUUCUUUGUGUCAUACCGGCACCCAGCAAGGAGUUAAUCUUCUGUGGAACACAAGAUUCUAAUAUCUUGGUGUUCGACUUGAAGAGCUACAGCAUCAAACACGUCAUAAACUGUGGCAGAAAUCACUUUGCCACCUCAGUUCUUUGCCUCACUAUCAGCCCGGAUGAACGAUUUUUGUUCAGCGCAGGCUCAGACUCAUUGGUGAAAGUGUGGGAUCUUUCACCUUUCGAUGAUCCAGAUGCUUCGAACUACACAAUUUCAUGCACUCACAUCAUCUAUUCCUCCAUGGAUAUAGGUGACAUUUUCUCCAUCUACUGGUCCGAGAAACUUUCUGCAUUGUUCAUUGGUUCCCAGAAUGCUUCGAUUCUGUGGUGCCGCCUAGCAUUGGACCGUGACCCAAGUUCCACUCACACAACAUCCAUCGAGCGUCUCCCUCAUUUCAGGUACGACAAGUUCUUUGAUUCGAAGGGUCCUGGUGGGUCAAUGAAUAAAAUCCAGUCUGCUCACCAAAUGCUCAAGAAGAGCUCCAGUUCGGAGUUUGGUCCAUGUCUCGUGGAGAUUCAAAAUUCUGAUAUCAUUCGUUUCGCACACAAUGGCUAUGUCUACUGCUUGGAUUCCUUGACGGAACUUAACGCUGCAGCCUUCUGUGACCUCUACACCUCACUGUACAACAGUUUCUUAGCCAGUUGUGGUGGUGAUGGUGUUAUAAAGCUUUGGGGGAUUACAUCUGGGAGAGAAGGCUCAAUCAAACUUUCACUUAUCAGCAAGCUCGAAAACGACGAGGCUAUUUUGUCAAUGCAUGUUAUUGACUCGACAAUUUGUGUCGGGUUAAGUGAUUCAACGAUCAACGCCUGGGACUUGACAACAUCUCAGCUCACACGUUCCUUUAAGUUCAUCUCAACAAGUGCCAGGACAGAUGAAGUUCUCUCGUUGUGUAUCCACAACGGUUGCAUCUACAAAGCCACAAACAUGGGAGGUCUUUGCAAGUUCCCGCUCAAAAAUGACAUUCAUAGCGAUGGGCCUGAUGGAGAUGAUGAAUCCAAGUCACAUCCUGUGAGGAGCGCAGUGAACUUUAACAAUUUGCCUCACGAGGAAUUAUCAAAUUUAGAGGAGGGGUCUGUCUUUACUGUUCAGGCUUUCAAAUUCAGGAACUCGACAUAUCUUCUUUCGGGCGGUGGUGGCUCCCUAUGUCUUUGGAACAUCACUGAUGUAGGAGAAAAGUCGACCGUCUCAUCAAGCGAAUCAAGUGGUCUUCUCAAUUUUACAAGUGGUAUUGAAACAUCUAACGAGCACUUGCUCGAAUCUUUGAGAAAGAUUAUAUCGUACAAGACCAUUUCGAAAUACCCAAGCACCUAUCUUGAAGAUUCCAGACGAUGUGCCCAGUUUUUGAACAAGCUUUUGCGUUUGCUCGGGGCAUCUGAGGCCAAAUUGUUACCCGUUCCUAAUUGCAAUCCCGUCGUCAUGGGUCGGUUCCUGAGGAACGACAAAUCUAGUCUCCACACAGAGCGGAAGACUCUUUUAUGGUAUGGGCAUUACGAUGUCGUGGAAGCGACCGCCGACAAAGAGUGCUGGUCCACCGAUCCAUUUCAACUUGUUGCAAAGGAUGGUAACCUUUACGCCAGGGGUGUGUCCGACAACAAAGGACCUACGUUAGCUGCAUUUUACGCUGUACUGGAUCUACACAAGAAAGGCGAGCUUCCAAUUGACGUGGUGUUUGUCAUCGAAGGUGAAGAGGAGUGUGGCUCGAUUGGGUUUCAGGAAGUCAUCAAUAAGAACAAGGACUCCAUAGGCGUUGUUGACUACAUUCUUUUGUCAAACUCGUAUUGGCUUGAAGACGAGGUCCCAUGCCUCAAUUAUGGAUUGAGAGGUGUGUUGAAUGCAUCUCUAAGUGUGACAUCCGAGAAACCUGAUAGACAUUCGGGAGUGGAUGGAGGAGUGUCAAAGGAACCAACCAUGGACUUAAUUCAAAUUUUGGGACAACUCACCUGUCCAAAUCUGAAUAAGAUACAGAUUCCUGGGUUUUACGAUGAUGUUUUACCAAUCGAUGAGACGGAGUUGCAGCUUUACCAAAAGAUUAAGGACGUAUCGAGAUCGCAGAAUCUAUCCAAUGCCGAUCUUGACACACUUCUUGCGAAGUGGAGAAAUCCAUCCUUGACAAUUCAUAGACUUGAUGUCUCUGGGCCGAAGAACAAUACCGUCAUAUCGAAGAGAGCCCAAGCCUCAGUGUCGAUCAGAGUUGUUCCUAAUCAAGAUCUACACAAAAUAAAGGAAAAGUUCUCUUCCUACAUGCAAAAAUGUUUUGAUGCUUUGAAAACGGAAAAUGAACUCAAAAUUGACAUUUUCCACGAGGCUGAACCGUGGUUGGGCAACCCGAAUAAUUUAGUGUUCAAGAUACUUUACCAGAACAUAAAGAAAAAUUGGGGACCCACAUAUCCGGACCCAUUGUUCAUUAGAGAAGGUGGAUCGAUUCCGUCGAUUCGUUUCUUGGAGAAGACUUUCAAUGCACCCGCCGCACAGAUCCCAUGCGGACAAGCUAGCGAUAACGCCCACCUUAAAGACGAAAAGCUUAGAAUCAUAAAUCUCUUCAAGUUGAGAAGUAUUCUUGCUGAUUCAUUCAGAGAUUUGGGUCAUCAACAACAAACAAAAUAG